GGUGCGUCGUGUCGUCAUGUGUCCCCCCUGUGUCCCCCUGUCUCCCCCUCACUCCGACAGACUCACAGCCUCAGACACGGUUCCGUGAACCGACACAUGGCAGCUAGCAGCCAUGAACCAAAAAAAAGAAAAACAACAACUCACCAAAAAGUGACGAUGCCUGAGUAGCAGCCUUCUUUCGUUUCUUUCGAAAUUAUUCCAACUCCUGCAAUAUCCACAGCUACCGACCGGCUGUCAGUCACUGUCAGGGGGAGAGGCUCUGCUACCCCCUCCGGUUUGAUUUCCUCCGAUAUUUCGCUUUUUUUUUAACACUCACUUUUAAGUUUCCGUCUCUCCUGACAGACGCUCGUCAUGGGUGUUCAAGGUUUCCAAGAGUACAUUGAAAAGCAUUGCCCCAGCGCCGUGGUGCCGGUGGAGCUCCAGAAGCUGGCCCGGGGGAGUAUGGUUGGAGGUGGCCGGCAGAGACCCCCUCAGAGUCCGCUGAGACUGCUGGUGGACGCCGAGAACUGCCUCCACCGGCUCUACGGAGGCUUCUACACCGACUGGGUCAGCGGCGGCCAGUGGAACCACAUGCUGGGCUACCUGGCCGCCCUCUCCAAGGCCUGCUUCAACGGCAACAUUGAGCUCCUGGUGUGCUUCAAUGGCGCCCUGGAGAAAGGCCGUCUUCACGAGUGGGUCAAGCGACAGGUGAACGAGAGGCAGACCGCCCAGCAGAUCAUCAGCCACAUCCAGAACAAGGGCACCCCGCCGCCCAAAGUCUGGUUCCUUCCUCCCGUGUGCAUGGCCCACUGCAUCCGACUGGCACUUCUCAGGUUUCGCGUCGGGAUUGUCCAGAGCAUGGAGGACCACCACCUGGAAGUGAUAGCCUUAUGCAGGGAGAACGGCUUCCACGGCCUGGUGGCCUACGACUCGGACUACGCCCUGUGCAACAUCCCGUACUACUUCAGCGCGCACGCCCUCAAACUGAGCCGUAACGGCAAAAGCCUCACCACCAGCCAGUACCUGAUGCACGAAGUGGCACGGCAGCUUGACCUCAACCCAAAUCGUUUUGUCAUUUUUGCAUCACUUUUAGGAAAUCACAUACUGCCUGAUGAAGACUUGGCUGCCUUUCACUGGAGUUUACUUGGUCCAGAGCACCCAUUAGCAUCUUUGAAGGUGCGUGCCCACCAGCUUGUGCUCCCACCUUGUGACGUUGUAAUCAAGGCUGUGGCGGACUAUGUCCGUAACAUCCCAGACGUCACCGACCUGGAGGCCAUCGCUAAAGACAUCUUCAAGCAUUCACAGUCGUGCACUGAUGACAAAGUCAUCCGCUUCAAGAAGGCAGUGGAGUACUACUCAGUGGCCAGCAUCCCCCCUCACUUCCCUCCACACUUAGUCAGACCAAAACACAUGGGAGUGCCUGCUGCAGUGCCAUCUCCAAAAAUGCUCAACAUUCCACAGGUGCCGCUGCCUGUAAAAUCUGGGGUCCAGCACUCGUACCCAGAGCCGCUGGUGGAUCGUAGCCUGACUCUGGACUCUGUGGAGAGGGCCCCCGUGGAGCAGAACACCUUCAACAUUCCACAGGAAGGGAAGCACACACCGCUGUAUGAGAGGUCCUCUCCCAUCAACCCGGGCCAGGCCGGCAGCCCCAACCACACAGAGAGCGCUUUCUUCAAUGCCUCGUCCACUUCCUCCUCCUCUGAGAAUGAAGAGAGCUCAGGCACAACUGCCAAUCAUGUCAGUGACCAUAAGGGAGGCUGGGAGAAAAACGGACACACUCCACAUUCUGAAAACACAUCAGAGGAAGACCCGGGGGACCAAACAAAAGCUGACCUCUGCGUGACCUUGACUGUGAGCCCGGGGUCACAGGUCGAAGGUCUCCACAGCCUGAAUGCCCAGAUCCCCUCCCUGCUUUCCAUGCCCACCAGGAACCACAUGGACAUCACCAUCCCACCCCUCCCUGAUGUGGCCCCCGAGGUCCUGCGGGUGGCCGAGCACAGACACAAGAAGGGCCUUAUGUACCCCUACAUCUACCACACUCUCACCAAGGGAGAGAUUAAGCUAUCUGUCACCAUUGAAGAUGAAGCAAACAAAGACCUGCCUUCAGCGGUGCAGCUGUUUCGGCCUAUCCGUCAAUAUGUUUACGGAGUGCUCUUCAGCCUGGCCGAGGCCAGGAAGAAGGCUGAGAGACUCGCCAUGAGGAAGAACUGCCUCCCUGAAUACACACACGUCAUGGUUAAAGAGUGGGCCGCCUACAAAGGCAAGUCUCCCCACACCCCAGAGCUGGUGGAGGCUCUGCCCUUCAGGGAGUGGACCUGUCCCAACCUGAAGAAGCUGUGGCUGGGAAAGGCCGUGGAGGACAAGAACCGCAGGAUGAGAGCGUUCCUGGCCUGCAUGCGCUCCGACACUCCGGCCAUGCUGAACCCUGCCAACGUCCCAACACCCCUCUUGGUGCUCUGUUGUGUGCUGCGGUUUAUGUUACACUGGCCAGGAUUAAGAAUUUUGCGUCGUAACGAACUUGACGCUUUCCUAGCCCAAGCACUUUCUCCUAAACUUUAUGACCCUGACCAGCUGCAGGAACUGAAGAUCGACAACCUGGACCCCCGAGGAGUCCAGCUGGCCGCUCUGUUCAUGAGCGGGGUGGACAUGGCUCUGUUUGCCAAUGACGCGUGCGGACAGCCUAUUCCCUGGGAGCACUGCUGUCCCUGGAUGUACUUUGACGGCAAGCUGCUGCAGAGUAAACUCAUCAGGGCCAACAGAGAGAAGACCCAGCUCAUUGACCUCUGUGACGGUCAGGCUGAGCUCGUUGCCAAAGUGGAGAAGAUGCGGCAGAGCAUCCUGGAAGGUCUCAACUUCGCUCGGCCGCCUCAUCCUCCUCCAUUCCCCCCGCCGCCACUUCCACCUCCUCACGGGAUGCCUUUCUACCCUCCCUCUGGCUCCUUCUACCCUCCACCACUUCCUAUGAUGCCUCCUCCUCCUCAUGGGAGGGGCAGAGGGAUGCCUGGGCUUCAAGGGAUCGCGUCACAGGGCGGGAAGCUGGAGAUAGCCGGCACUGUGGUGGGUCAGUGGGCCGGAGCUCGACGCAGCCGAGGAAGAGGGGGCUUCCCUGUCCAGGUGGUAUCUGUUGGUGGACCAAACAGGGGUCGUCCCAGAGGUGUGAUCUCCACACCUGUCAUCAGGACGUUUGGUCGAGGAGGCAGGCACCACACUCGAGCCUUUAAGAGUCAGGGAGUGUACCUGAGUAAGCCUGCUCAUAAGCCCGCUCACACGUGCGGACACGACGCAGCGAAGGAGAGCAAGAAGCCCAAACCGGAAGAGAGGAAAUCCUCCCCUGUGCCGUGCGACAGCUCGACCACGGAGAACGGCGUGGACGACAAAGAGCCGGACCAGCUGAACGGAGAUGAAGAGGAACGCAGUGCUCUCAUCCAACCUGAAAGUGCCUUUAGCAGUGACUCCAAGACGUGCAAUGCUAAUCCUCACUUAAAUGCACUAAAUGUAGACGGCGGCUGCCAUAGAGAUGAAGGUCUGGAGGCCGCCGUCUUCAAAAAAGAAGAGUAAGCUUAUUUUUCUAGAGAGGGUGAAGGAUGAAAGGUAGAACAGGGUUAGGAUAUGUGGAAAUGUGGAAAGCCUUCAGUCAGCGUGCGUUUCUCCUGUCAGACAAAGAAAAGAGUUGAAAUUCGGAUCCCUCUCAGUGAACACACGAGGUGUAUGACACACGGGGUGUAUAACACACGAGGUGUAUGACUCACUGCGAGUUUGAGGAGUCGUUCACUCCCUCACCACCAACGUUUAUGAGAAUGAUACUUUUUAUUUUUAUCAGAACAUUAAAGCUCCCCGAAGCUUUAUUUCUGAAAUCUUUUAUUUCUUUAUAGGUUGUUCGCCAUAGUACAGUUAUCAGUUUUGUGUUGUCACGGUAACUGCUUCAUGAAAACCAAACAUAUAAAUGAGAAAGUUAAACGCAGACACGCCCGCCUCGGUCACCACUUUGGGUUUGGUUCAUAUUGAAGUCGCUGUGUCCUUUUAGUUCAGACGAGCUCUAUGAUUUCACUCACUUAGCUGUAAAGUAACAUUUCAAGACAUGGCUCUAAGAAUCAGACGCAAGAUUUUUGCCAAACUCUGAUACUCAACUUGGUUUCUUGAAUCAAACGUAGAGCUUUAGUAUUACCGCUUCAAUGAGAAAAAAAAAACAGACCCUGCAUGGUUCACAGUUUAAGAGGUGUGUAGUUAUUAUGCAUGUUGUCCUUUUUCUUCCAUCUUUCCAUGUAAAUGUGACCAUUUGCAAAUGAAAGAAAUGGCUAAUAUCAGUGAUAUCUCAUAAAAGGUGUUAACUGUUAGUAACAGAUCUGUUCUGACCUUGAUUUGUUUGUGAUAUUGACCUCUGUUGCAUUUAAUUAAGAAAAAAAAAAGAAGUUAUCUAGCCACUUUUGAAAUAGUGUACUCACACUAUACCUUGUUCUCUGUUGCUGUUUUCUGCAUUAGUCAAAUAUCUGAAAAUAUAAAAUCCCAUAAAAAGCUUCUGAUCCAAACCACCCCUCUUUUGUAGCUGGAAGCGACGCGCUCGACCUUCAAAUUAAGACUCUUAAUCAGUUUCGAGAUUCACUUUAGUGUUUGAUUUCUACAGUCGUACUACUUCUGCACCAGAAUCAUCAUUUCACCAUCCUGACUUAAUUCUCCUGGAUUCUCCUUCUCAUCUUUCAUUAGUGAUCUGAGAAAUGGUGUAUAACCCCCCACCCCUCCCCUCCCCACCCUGCAAGAGCUAAAUAGGUUACCUUCUGUAAGUUGAUCAGAGUUUCUUCCUAACUCAUGGGUUGUAAAAGAAUGAAGAGCUGUCGAGUUUGAUUGAAUGUUGAUGGAUUGUGGUGUGGUGUAUUUGAAGGCAACUUAGCUACAAUGCUUAAUAAAACUAUAUUCUUUUAGUACGA